AUGGGUAUCCGUUCUGGUUUUCAGUCACUUGUGAAACAAGUUGCUCCUCAAGUUUUCAACUAUCAUUGUUUGAGACAACGUUACGCUUUGGCUGUAAAAACACUCCCACCAGAUUUGCUAAACACGUUGAGUGAUAUAGUAAAAAUUGUUAAUCAUAUUCGAGGCAGCGCUACUAACUCAAGAUUAUUUAAAGUUUUGUGCGAUGAAGUUGGUGCUACAUUUAAUGCACUUUUGUACCAUACAGAGAUACGUUGGUUAUCAAGAGACAACGUUCUAAGUAGGGUCUAUGAAUUACGAGAAGAAAUUGGAUUGUUUUUUGAAAACCAGAGAACACAAAAAGGAAAAGAAUAUUAUGCAAAAAUUAAACACCAUAUAUUUGUUCUAAAAAUAGCGUACCUUGCUGAUUUUUUACUGAAAUUAAUAAUCUGA